UUGUACUAAAUGCUCGUCCAAUGUUUGUCCAUGUUCUCUCUCCGUAGAGCAAGGUAUAUUUUGAUAAUGGCCGUGUAGAAGUUUAACAAGCUCAUAAAGUACAGCUAUUAUAAAUAACGCUAUGAGAUUAUCUGCCCUAUAGUUAAAACUAAAAUCAAUACAUUAUCUACAAAAAGCUCGUCUUUACGCUUUACCUAUUUGUGUCAGAAUUAUCUCAUAAGAAUGGGGGAUGUUCACAGCUACUUUGUUUUUGUAACGCUACCACUUUCUUUAGCGUUCUAUAUGUUUUAUGUACACAUUUAUCGCGCUCACCAACUACUGAAAUCCAAUGUCGUCUUCGACUGUCAGAGACUCCCGAGUUUGGCGUAUUUGUUAGUCAAGUAUUUUGUGGAAGCUCUUCGGAAAAAAAUGGGUCGCUUGCAUGCCCGUGAUGUUAAAGGUGAAGCUGCCAUCACAAUUAUAAACUGCAGACUAAACACUAAGGUCUUGAGGAGGUUCUGCAGUGCAGCGGGAUACGGUUGGGACUACCCAGACAGUGAAUACAGAGACAUCCCAAUAUGCUUCCCAGAGAUCCUCUGUAUGAGGCUGGUGGUCAUGGUCAUAUCUGCAGAAUGGUUCAGGUUGAGUCCAAUGGGUUUGUUCCGGGUGUCCCAGAGCAUAAAGACAUUUCAGCCCAUAGAUGAGUUGAAGAAGGGCCCUUUUGUAUUGCAGGCUCAUGUUAUCGAAUACCGGCUGGUCGAUGCAGGGGUGGAGGUGGACAUCACCCUCCGUGCCAUUUCACGUAGCAGCCAGCCUGUAUGGGAAAGUGUUCUGACACUGCUCUCACACAACCAGGGAAAAGACCAAAACAAACAUCCCUUAUUGGAAUUUCAAGCUGAUUGCUUGGAUUCCAACGAUUCAAAAAGGGUGGACAUUUGUGUCCCGUGGACCACAGGACUAAAAUGCAUCUGGACCUUUUCAGAUUACUCCCCACAUCGUCUACUAACUAUCCCAGCCCAACUAAUGGGCUACAAAUGCCCCACAACUCCCAGUCUGUGGAUGCUGUCAAAAUGUUUGGCGGAAAUAGAAAAGCACAACGGAGCUGAAGCUGUAAGAGCCCCCAUCUCUGUUAAUGUCCAGUUCAAAAAUACUUUGGUAGCACCUGGAAAGGUGGUCGUUAAGUUUUGGGAGACCACGCCAGAGGACAGACAAUCUUCCAGAAAGGAUUUAAGCUUCCAAGUCAGACAGCCAAGCGCAAGUGCUGAAGCGUCACUUCACCUCACAGGCCAGAUCUGCAGGGGUUGAACGCUGAAAAUGUUUGCGUGAUAACGUGUUUCAUAUUUACAUUCUAAAUCAUUUUACACUUCAUUUUUAUUUGUGGAAACAGAUCCGAUGCUGCUUUUAAGUCCAGUUUUACAUGUCCUAUGUUCCUCUGUGGAUUUUAUUCUAUUGAACAUGUGACAGAACACAAAGUCAACACUUUCAAAGUCAACCACGUCCACUUUAGCAGGAGACCAAGCUUUUGCUAAUGCAGGUCUGGUCCCAAAGGGACAGAAGGCCUCUAAAUAUUUGAUCAGUUUCAUACUCUAGUUCUCUGCCUUCAUGUAUGUUAAAGUCUAUCUCCUGUAUUAUUCAUCACAAAACAUUUGGUUCCAGGCUUACAAAGAGAAGAGAUUUUAAGGUAGCCUUUACAUGUAUGUUUGGGAAAUUCUUUCCUAAUAUGAGCUGUAGACAGGAAGGAGUAAAUAAAGAGAUGCUUGUCCCUAAAAUGUGCCAGAACAUAUAUAUUUAUGUUACUGUUACCUCAUAUUUGUGUCACUGAAAUGCAUGUCUGAUGACUGGAAGAUCAAAGUCACAUUUUUGUUUUAAUUUUAAACAUGUGGGCUUGGAUGUGUGCCAUAAGUGAUGACAAACAUGGUUAUCCUAACAUGGUUUGGAAAGCCCCCAUUUUUGGGGGCUUUCUCGUCAGUAGGUAUCAUCAAUGCCCAUCCUUCGACCUUGUGAUGAUGAAAAACCGUGUGUUGUGAGUGUAGCCAUUGUAACGUCCCAUGACUGCCCCUCCCUUCAGCAGUGUCGGCUUUGUGUCGUGUGAGCGUGCUAGGUGUGGGGGCAGCGCAGGCGGGUGAGGGGGAGCCGGCCUGGAAGAAGCGCAGCUCUGUCUUAGACGGCUCCUCACAUCACAGAACUGGAAAUUCAAUCAAGCCCCGUGAUGCUCGUCUGUCGUCUGGCCGACUGAGGCAUGGGAUCUGGAGCCGUGCUUGCCGUCAUUUUGAAGACUCACCAGCCCUGUGGAGGACCGUCACUCUGCAUUUGCUGCUAAACGAGCUGUAUUAGGUCCCAUCCAAGGUCAUCAUGACGAAACAGGUGACAGAGUUUUGGAAUGGUUUAAAGAGAUGGAAACAAGACUACAGAUGGUACAAUAGGUGGAUUCAAAAGCACUAAGCAUGGUUUCUGAAGACAAUCAUCGCAACGCCCAAGCAGUCCAGCGUGCCACAGACAAGUACAUGAAGAAACACAGGAAGGCAGAGAGCACCCUCCACCUCUCUUCCCCGACAGGGGGGAGCAGAGUGAGAGUGUAUGACGACUGUCAGAGGGUCGCAUAUGAGGUGUUCCCAGGCGGUGCCCACCCCACGGAGAACGGUGCCCGCUCCAAGGGGCCCGACGCCCUGGGCCAGGUCGACAGCCCGAACGGCGGAGGGAAGGCGCCCUGUCCAUCAGACGGAGUCCCGAACGGCGGAGGCCAAAGAGACAUAAGAGACCAGAGAUUUCUAAAGGACUCCCUAUCCACCCUGACAUGUGACACGACCAGUCAGACCUGCUCCGGCGCAGAGGACAACUCCACGGAGGCGCACGAGACUCUCACAGAGACCUCCACCUUGACCUUCAUGGACGCCCACACCGCCGACGAGUCGGGGGAGAUGCGUUGCAUUCUGGGAGUCGGAGUCCACGUCAAGGAGUUUGUCCUCAUCGACGACGACGACGACGGCGACAUGUCGCUGAGGGAGAAGACGGUGACGGACAUGUCCAUCAUGGACGGCAACGCGGCCGACCUGGUGUGCGGCCGACUGCUGUCCACCUCCAGCGGCUCGCUCUCCGAGAGCAAGGAGGAGAAUCCGCCUCCCCAGACCUCCCCUGUUACGGAAACAGAGACCCCAGGCAAACAGCAGCGCUGUUGUUUUUGUGCCAUACUGUGACCGUGCCAACACCACAGUACUAAGGAACUGGGGUGGAGGGCAAUUAUGUGUAGGUUUUUUUUUUUUUUGGGGGCGCUUUUCUCUAUAUUGAUACUCUCGAUUGUUUAGUGUAGGCCUUGGUUCAUAUUGACAAAAGCACAAAUGACGCACCUUGAACUUGUGUAACUCUUCUCACUUAUCUGCACUCAUUUGAACGUGGAACCUGUGUGAAUGUGAUGUCUGCUGCAGUUGAUGUGACACGUAUGAAUGCACAGUCGAGUCAGUGGUAUAUAUGAAUAUAGUGCAUGCAUGUAGUAAAUAAAUUACUUGAACUCCUAAUUAUUUGAAGAACAUCAAGAACACAUCACAGGGUUUCAGUGGGUGAGUAAACACAUAAGUUAAUUAAUACAAUUAUGUUUGCUAAUAUUGACAGUAAUUAACACUACACACUACACUAACACAAAAGUUUUGUUGGGACUUAUUUUUUAUAUAUAUUUUUUUUUACAGUGCUUACUUGUGUGUUCUGACAUUGAACAUGAUCUGAAUGAUGGACUACUUGGUAGUAAUAUCCAUGUUAUUGAUUUAAAUUUCCAAUAAACCUUUCA